AAAAUAUAUUGCCCCCAGUCAGUGGCUAACAGAACGUCGGGGCGAACGUUUCAUUAAAGAGCAGCGCGCGCAGUUUAACUAAAUGCUGCAGAGUCGGUAUUAAAUGCGGCAGCGUCUGAUGAAGUGGAAUUAAGUAAUCUCUUUUAAGGAAACAGCCAAUUUAGAUCAAUGGGCAGGCCAAGCAUCGAAUCGAAGCAUGUACAGACGACAACUCGAGAGUUGCCAACGAGCCGCUAAUCGAGGCAAAGUCCAAUUGGCUUUCGAUUUCGAUUCGGAUUCGGAUUUGGCUGUGGAUGCAUUGGAGUGGAGACCAUCGUCAUCAUGUCAUCGCGGCGCAGCUCCUUUCGUCGCAAAGUCGCAGAGAAGCCGGCAUUUGAGCGUUUCAAGGAUCAUUGCCGUCACUUCACGGCAUUCAUGUUCAGCAAUGUCGGCAUCAUACUUCUAGUCACAUUUUAUACCAUUGGCGGCGCCUUCAUCUUUCAGACAAUCGAAAUUUUCGAAUACGAAAAACUCAAGACGAAAAACCUAAUCAAGCCCAAUGCAAGUGCUGAGUGCCUCAAUAGCAUCUGGAAGCUGACGUCUGAGAAUAUCAGUUUCUAUGAUCGACAGGCCUACAGAAAUAGUGUUAACGAAGUGCUGCUGCAGUAUCAAAAAGCUGUGUAUAAGAAACAGAUCAAGGGCCCCGAUGUCGAUCAUCAGUGGAGCUUCUCGGGCGCGUUUCUCUACUCACUAACUGUCAUCACGACCAUUGGCUAUGGCAACAUAACUCCCAGCUCCGAUUGGGGCAAGCUGGUGACCAUACUGUAUGCCAUCAUUGGCAUGCCACUCUUUCUGCUUUAUCUCUCCAAUAUAGGUGAUGUGCUGGCCAAAUCCUUUAAAUGGAUCUACUCCAAGGUCUGUCUGUGUCGCAUUUGCCCGGGCGUGGCCAAGCGGCGCAUAAUCCGCGAGCGACGCAAACUGCGUCAGUUGGCGCGAGCGUUGCAGUUGCAUAACAUGGAAAGCGCUCGUGGCGGCGGCAGCAGCAGCAGCAACAGCUACUCCAGCAACAGCAACAGCAGCUCGAAUAGCAGCAGCACCAGCAGCAGUGCUUACACCAAGAGCUCUAUGCAAACUUCCAGUGUGCUCGAUGUGCCGUAUUCCGAUUCGGAUUCAGAUAUUGAACGGGAAAUACGCGGCAGCACGGAUGAAAUAACGGUACCACUAACUGUCUGUGUCUUUGUGAUGGUCAGCUAUAUAUUAUCGGGUGCCAUACUCUUUGGACGCUGGGAGGAUUGGAAUUAUCUGGAUGGCAGCUAUUUCUGUUUUAUCUCAUUGAGCAGCAUUGGAUUUGGUGAUUUGGUGCCAGGCGAUCGUGUGAUAACCGCCGAUAAAGACAAAGUCGAGUUGAGCUUCAUUUUAUGUGCCGUUUAUUUGCUGCUGGGUAUGGCCCUAAUUGCCAUGUGUUUCAAUUUGAUGCAGGAACAAGUCAUUCAUAAUAUGCGCGCUAUAAAGCGUGGCUUCAAGGCCUGUUUUCGCUGCCGCAGCUCAUAGCCAAAGAACAAAAUUGGUUGACGUACAAAAUUUUAUUAAACAAUCACGUAUUUAUAAGCUAAAAAUUAACUAGUCUCGUAGUUGUACAUACAUAUAUAGAUAUAUAUAUGUGUUAGCAAGAAUGUGUUCCUUUUCCUCUGUUUUGUUUAUUUAUCAUUUGGUAAAUCAAUUUGUAACUUUAUACUUAAAUGUUAGCUUAUCUUAGUCUAGUCCUAUUUUUAACAAUACGAAAUUAGAAUUCUAAAUACUGCUGCCCGUUGGCCAUUCCUCGAAUCUGACUAUGUUUUAUAUGCCAUACACUAAUUAAAUAGAUAUCUAUAAAUGAGAUUUAUGAUAUAUAUUUGGCCUCUUUUAUAAUCUAAGCGCAUUGUACAAUUUUGCGGUUAAAUAAGUGUAUUUAUUGCCUUUUUUUAGAGCACUCACGUUUAAAAAUUCUUAUUCUUUUCACCAACCGCUCU